UUCAGGCCGGUGCAAUCACAUGAAAAUGGCGGUGCGAUAACCUGUGUUUUGAAACCUUAUAUUGAACGUAAUUGUAUUCAAGAACGUAAUCAUGAUGGACAUUUCGAGUAUGCUUGAAGUCCAAGUGGACGAAGUAAAAGAAGUGGACAUCAAAGAGAAUGUAACACCCAGAGAGAUGCUUCCAAGCACCACAAAUGUUCCAUCACCUAUUUCCCAGGAGGAAUACAGUUUUUACAAGCUUAUGUUCGGCAGCGAUGUAUCAGCAGUACGGUUUAAAAGAUUGCAUUGCACAGCAUGCGAUGUUCAUAUUGGAUCUGCACCAUCAGAAUCUUAUAACAUGUUUGAACAUCCUAUUUUGCACACAUUAUUGUGUGCUAAAUGUAGAGACUUUUAUGGAGAUGGCACCUUUGAGCAAGGUGAUGAUGCCACAGACAUGUUUUGUAGAUGGUGUGCAAAUGGUGGCAAUUUAUAUUGCUGUUCAUUUUGUAGUAAUACUUUUUGUAACAAAUGCAUUAGAAGAAACUUUGAUCCAAUUUUAAGGAAAAAAAUAGAGGCAGAUGAAAAGUGGAGAUGUUUUGUUUGUGAUCCUAGAGAUUUGUAUACUGCCAGAGCAACUUGUUGGGCUCUGCUUCAGCAUAUUCAAACAAUGAAUAGGUUACUACAAAAUAAUUGCAACUUAACCCAGAACGAAAUAGACGACAAAAUGAAUUUGGACGAAUCAAAAUGUUGUCCGCGUAAAAAGAAAAGAAAACGUCGAAGAACCAUGUCUAAUUCGGAGGAAGAGGACGAAACUUAUAUACCAAAAGUAAUAGACUCGGCCAUGAUGUCAAAACGUAGGCGGAGGGGUCGCGGAAGAGGAAGACUUCCUAAUGGCAGCAACGUAUCGGUACCUGAUAGGUCACAUGGUACAUCAUCAGACGAUAGUUAUUUACAUCACAGUGAAAUACUACCGUCCUUACUUUCAUGUGAACAAACAUUGAUUGAAGGCGAUGAUGCUACUACAGUUAACACAAGCAAUUCAAUUACCUCACAUCAAACAACUGCAUUGCUUCACAAAGUGAAGUCCACUAUUGUUCAACAUCCAACAAUGUACAAUGCAACUGUUAUGAAUGUUGUGGCAGCACCAAACUUUUUACAUCCUACAUCUUCGGUCGUACCUAUUUCGCACGUCACUGGUCAGAUAAAUCAAAUGAAUCAGAUGAAUCAAAUAAAUCAAAUUAAUCAAAUGAAUCAGAUAAAUCAAAUGAAUCUGUAUCAGGCAAUGCCUUACACACCAGUCCCAAUGGUUACCAUACCUAAUCAAAGUGUGAACAUAUUGAAUCGAUCACAUUUCACCUUACCAGAGGUACAAACGUCGCUUUUAAAACCGAGACCCAGUGUUAUAGAAAUUGAAAGUGAUCCAGAAGAUGUAGCAGUCGUUGAUCCAGCGCCACAGAAUUCAUCUGCUUCUCGAAAUCAAGUUGAAAAAAAUAUUGUAGUACCCGUUGCUCUUGUGAGUUCGAAAGAUGAUCAUAAUAUGAGAAAGCGACAGAUCUCGGAUAAGUUUAAAGAAAAAACAUUAAAUCAAAGAAUACUUCCACAUGGGCAAGAAGUUGAUAAUGUUUUAGCAAGUCUACAAACUGAUCUUCAACAUUUGUUUAAGGCGUCGAAACGAGAAGAAUUUAAAAAGCAUAAAUUAAUCGAUGCUCGUACUAUGAUUAAACAAUUUCAUCGUAAAAUAUGUGAUGCUGUUACUCAAUUGGAAUGUAUAAAUGAUAGAAUAGUGCGUGAGUAUAGCAGGUGGAAAACGCAUCAUUUAAAAGCCUGUGCUGCUAAAUCGGCAAAUAGUAAUACCUCUAAUGAAAACAGACAAGAGGAUAGAUGCAAAGACUUACCUUUAGAUAUGACUUGUACUAAUGAAUCGGAUUCAGAUUCAGACACAGAUACACAAGAUGACACAAACUCGUCUGAAUUCGUUAGCACAAAUAUAGUAAAAGAAAUGCAGUUUUUUAAGAAAAAAGAUACUGUAGAACGAGCUGUCGGUGACAAUUCGAUUUUAUUAUCAGACAAAUCAAUGCAAAUAUAUGAUGUUGAAUUACAAGAUUAUGAUAGAUGUAUAAGAAAUUCUACAUUGCGUAAAGUGGAUGAAAAAAGGAAUAGCAGUUCGAAGAAGCCAUCCAGAAAUUAUGAAGAAUACUUUAUUCAAUUUUUAGAACAGGAAAAUACAGAGGAAGAUGAAGAUGUGCAGGAUCCAAAAAACUUACCUGAUCCAAAUGAGACUCCGUUGAAGGAUCUAAUAGAGGCCAACUCUCCAUUUAUUUCUGAAAUGCUAGAAACCAUGGACAAAUCAGACGUUCCAAGUACUAGUAAUUUAGAUUCUUCUACUAUAAAGGAUAGUAACACUGAAUCUUCUGAAAUUCGGCCAAUGAAUUCAAUCACGUGCAAAGCAGUAGAUGAUCUUGUAAAAAUGGUUAGUAGCAUGAACGAUAAUUUAGAUGGAACAAAGACUAUUGAAAAUAAACCUACACCCAUUGGCGAAUUUGAAAAACAUUCUUCAGCUAGUGAUGAAAUUUCUGUGCUAAAUAUAACGGAAAACAACGAACGGAGUCCGAGUAAGACUAAUAGCAGUUCAGUAGAAAUUGAAAGCAGUAACGAAGAUGAUUGUACCAUUCUUGAAGAUUAAUUAAAUAAUAGUUAUUAAAUAAUUUUUUUAAGUUUAAUUAGAGUUUUGAUUUUUCGUUAACAUUCGUAUAUCUUAUUAUGUACUUUUAAUCAGAUAUGCGAGUAUUGGUUUAGAAAUUUAUUUAGGAAAGAAAUUAACAUCAGUAAGUGUUGAUUUUAAUAAUGUUUGGAAUUCUCCAUUGCAUAUGUUUCUGUUUGUAUUUAGUCAUAGGUUAUAAUAUUAUUCCAUAUUAAAAAUUCUUUUUCUUGCAUUUUUAUAUACAUACGAGAUGAAUCUCCUGAAAAUGAAGUUAUUGUCGUACAUGAAUUCCUAAUGAUAGCAUUGCCUACUGAUGUCUCAAAUUUACUGAUGUAAUUCUUAUAUAAUUGAUCAUUCUAAAAAGAUUCCUACCUAAAUAUUUAAUAUUUUUAAGUAUCUAAAAUAGAUAUACAUUUCAUAAAAAUUGGAACGUAUUUUGUUAACUUAUUAAAUAUUACUUAUUGGGAAUAAAUAAAACAUAUACAGUUUCGAUAGCGAUACGAAAAAUAUAGUUGAAAGUAACAAUUAUUUGAUAUAUACAAUGUAUUGUAUAACACAAGUUAUGUACAAAGUUUUAUUAGUUUCUUUAAUAAUAUUUAAUAUUUCCGCGCUUGUUAGUGAUCAUUUAUUGUAGAAAUUUUCCAUCUGACAUUUAUUUAUAAUGACAUUUUAUAUUUCAUUUGUCACUAAUAUUAAUUUCUAAGACUGUGAACAUAGAAGAAAACUUUUGUUCGAAAAAAUUUUAUCGCUAUACUUAUAUGUAAACACGAUUGACGUUUGCAUAAAUAUGUUUUAUAAAAAAUACUUAAUAUUGUAUCUACAUUCAUAUAGAUAAUAGACGUAUGAUAGAUGUGAAUAAAUAAACAUUCAAAAUUGAUGAAAAAGAAAACCAUAAAAAAUGUUGAUGGUUAUUGUUUUAUACGUCCCAAGUCUAAUACUACAAUUUUAAAUCGAGGUAAAUAAAAGUUUGUAUGAUAAUUGUAAAUUUAUCUGAUGAUUGAACAUAGUUUUAAGUCUAGAAAAUAAAUUUACUACAAAUA